UCCUCUCUGAAAGAGGUCAAUUCGGAGUUUGCCUCGUGCAUGCUCGAUACAUGUCUAGAAAUAUAAACACUAGCUGCCAUACACUUCUGUUUUAGAUAACUGCCAAARACUGGGAAUAAAUGGAGGCGUUCAACCAGCUGAUCUUGGAAUAUCCUCAAGUCAUGUACGGAGGAGCCGGAGCAACGGUCUUUAUGGCUGGGGGAGCUCUGAUUUACAAAAUUGCAACAAGAAAGAAACCCACACAUGUCAAUGUGAAUUGCUGGUUCUGCAACCAGGACUCAGUGGUCCCAUAUGGAAACAGAAACUGCUGGGACUGCCCCAACUGCGAGCAGUACAACGGCUUCCAGGAGAAUGGCGACUACAACAAACCUAUUCCUGCUCAAUUCUCGGAGCAUCUAAACCAUGGCGUGUCUGCCGGCGUGCCCUUGCCUGAGACACCAAAGACGCUGCAGUGGGUCAACUGUCAGAUGCUGUUGUGCAAAAAAUGCAACAACAACCAGUCUGUCAAGAUCAAGCAGUUGGCCUCAUUCAUCCCAAGGGAAGAUGAGAACUAUGAUGAGGAGAUUGAGGUGUACAAGCACCACGUGGAGCAGACCUACAAGUUGUGCAGACCCUGUCAGACGGCCGUGGAGUAUUACAUCAAGCACCAGAACCGCCAGCUCCGGGCUGUGCUCUUCAGCCACCAGCUCAGACGCAGCAGAGACUGUGACAAAGCAUUCGUAAAGAGCUCCUACUCCUUCAGCACACCAGUUGGAGUGAUAUUGCUUCGUGUCAUGGCGUUUGUCACCUGUGCCUUCCUAGUUGCAACAGCAUUGUAUGGCUCUGGGGACCAAACUGCAUCCGCUGGUGCACCCCAAACACUAAGCGGAGGGAUCAUCCCUCCAAAGCCUGCUCCCUCCAACAAAUCGACUCCAAAAAACGGUAGCAGCGAGGCUGGACAGGUGUUGCAAGACCUGCUGGAGCUGCUUCCAAAUGAGGCCGUAGAGAAUGCAAAGCUUGUCUGGCAGUAUGGAAGGAACCAUCAGAUGGCUGUGGUCUCCAUUGGCCUGCUGACCUGUAUCACUGGUGUCUGUCUAGGAGGACCUGUCAGAUUGAGGCGAAUUGAUGCCGUGGCCUCUGUCCUGUGGUUCCUGGUCUUGUGCCUGUACUUGGUGGAGAGAUACCUGAAAGCUGAUGUCUCAAGCUGGCUGGAUACAGUCAAACUCGGCACUACCUCCUUAUGUUGCCUGGUCGGCUUUGCCGCUGCUGUGGCAACACGCAAAUCCAUGGGCCCGAGAAGAGCGAGAGGUCGAAGGUACCUUUCCGGUAGCUCCGUGGACUCGCUGUAUGGUGGCCAGGCUCCCCUGCUCUCUCCCAUCUCCCCUGGCUCCUCCUCUACCUUCAUCCCCACUCCACCCCCAAACCUCUCCCAGCUCAUCAAUCGACAGAAGAGCCCCCGAGAACGCAAAGCCUCUCCCUCUUCCCUGCCCGGUCGCCUCAACCGAGCCCUGUACCUCGGCACCAUCCCAUCCCUCGCCAGAACAGAUUCCGGCUACCUGUUCAGUGGAAGUAGGCCACCUUCACAGUGCAAAGACUCCCCACCUUCAGAUUAUUUUUCCCUGAAGUCUGGGAGCCGUCCGUCAUCCCCAGGCCCCUCCCCGACCCCCUCGGUUGCCGGCUCAGUCACGUCCAGCUCCAGCUCUCGCCACCGCCGCCCCCUCAUCAGCCCAGCAAGACUCAACAUCAGUGGACAGAAACUCCGCCUCUUCUCAUCUGACACAGAGCACCAGCCCCCACCCACCCCGUCCCCGCCACACCACUUCUCAGCAGAGCCCGCCCCUUUUCACAGCGGAGGCUUCCACCUGCCAGACGUAUCCCCGUACCACAGUAGUAAUGACUUGAGCUCCUUGCUGCAGGAGGGCAGUGUAAUCUCAGAGGAGCGUGAGAAGAGACGGGGCAGCUCCUCAGGCUCCUCAGCCUGUAUGGUGGACACCACAACAGGAGGCAUGGACAGCACCCCCGGAUGGAAAGGUCUCUUGGGUCGCUCUCUUUGGCCGGGCAUCCUCCUAGCGAGCCUGAGUGCCAACUUGUUCUUCACCUCCCUCUACCUGUAUCGCAACUGGUGAGACACACCUCGGUCCUUCACAACCUGUAUAAAAAUAAAUAAUGUUGCAUAAAUAAUAUGCCCCCAACAAUUUAAUGGGAGUAUGAUAUGUGCAAGCUAAUAAGCUGUGGACAGAAUYUGUUUAUUAAGUAGACAUGUUCAUCAGCGUUUUAAGAUCAGAAAUCCAGUGGGCAUCCCUCUGUAGCAGUAGGGUCUCGAUGUUACCUCCUUGUUAAAGUAAGCUGCUCGAUAUGAUGUAUUUGAGGAAGGCGAUAGGAUGGUUAGCUUCAACACAGUGAACUGCUACUGGGUAGCCGGUGUUCUUACCUGAUUGAGCUUCUGUGGUGUUCAGGUAUUCGUUUUUAAUUGUCUGCAGGAACAACAUUUGUUAGUCCCAUUUGGGAAGGAUUAUUUUGUCCAACUUAAGCUUUCCCACACGAACAGGGGAGGAGAUGACACCACUAACAGAAACUUUUCAGCCUGUAUGUGGGUGAAAACAUUUUUUUGUAGUGCUGUUGCAUUGUCUGCAGGAACUACAUUUGAAUUUCCCAUUUGGAAUGGGUGCCAAGAAUGUUUGCGUGAGCUUACGGGCAGGUCAGAUCUCAUUAGGCUCUUGCGUAGCCGCAACAUUGGCUUGUAGACCACCGGGGGGGGGGGUUCCUUCACAACCUGUGACAUCACUCGACAUGGUCCUAAAACAGACAGCAUUACAGGGUGAGUCAUCCUUUCCCCUCUGGCUAUUUGUGUUCGCAGCUCAGCCAAAGACAUUCGCAAAUGCAUCUUGCCAUAUGUCCAAGCUAGGGCUGGGAAUUGCCAGGGACCUCACGAUACGAUWUUAUCACAAUACUUCGGUGCCGAUAUGUAUUGCGACUCUCAAUUCUAUAUGUAUUGCGAGUCGAUGUUCCAAACAUAUUGCUCAACAUGUCUGCUGCAGAUGGACAGGAGCCAUGAGAAAAGGAGUUUUGAUCAGUCAUGGAAAUAAAAGUGCUGAAAACAUGUUGGUUCACCAUUUAAAAAGAUGAAUAACUAACAAGCUAGAGAAGUUUAAAUAAUGUUAAUGAUAUAUACAUUUUAAAAUUGAUACUUGGAGUCAUAGAAUAAAUACAAUAUCAUCAAAAAUAGUAUUGCGAUACUACUGUAUCGAUUUUUACCCCACCCUCAUUUAUUUUCGUCAGGAGUUAGGCUACGCAUAGACAAUGCAAUCUUAAUUCACACAACACUGACUGAAACGUACUCUCUUGUCCCUGAAAUAUGACCUGGCCUAGUAAUGUAAUAUUUAAGGUAGUUCCUGCUGGUAUAAAUAUCUGACUCCCUUAAAAUGUAUCAACUUGAACAACUGAGCAUGUUAAAGUAACUCUUACAUUGAAAAAAGUUACAAUUGCUUGUUACUGUUGUAUUUAUUUAGGGAAUUAUUAUUAUUAUUUUUUACACUUUGGUCAUGCUGUGAAAUGUGCAAUAGACAUGUAUUGUUAAUACAAGCAUAUUAUACACCCGUCUCAUUUUUGUUUCCUAAAAUGUCCGAGACUGGGUUUGAAUGGUGAUGGGAUCAGUUUGAGAAACUCAUAGAAUGUGUUCACUGAAGGACUAGGCCUAUAUAUCUUAAUGAUAACUCGUUGGAAUAAUGAAUGGAAAAUGUUCAUAUUUUCUGUCCACUGUGAGCCAAUUUGUGGCUGGGGUGAUACAGUACACAGUUUGAUAAGGAUGUAUGAUAUCUAUACCAUUGGAUUGCGGUGGUGUAGAUUUUCUAUAAAGGCAAUGUCCAUUUGCUUUAUAUCUUUAUACUACGAAUGAGCACACUUGAUUGGUAGGUUCUUCUUAUGUUAUUUUGUAUUAAUAUGAUUUAGAGCUUGAUUGACUCUCCUUUAAGAGUACAGAAUGCAUAAACACUACCUUGACUUUCAAAUCAUAACUAUUGUAAUUAAGGACUAAUAAGUGCGUCCAUGUUGUGUAAUGAAAGGUUCUGUGCUUGGCAAUGAAUGUUUUAUAUUUGUGCAGAUCACAAUGGUUUGGUACUUACUUGCUUGACUGUUUUUUUUCUUGUUCAUUCUCCAUAACUGAAUUGUGUUAUCUUGACUGUAGAAAAACACUUCCUGAAAAAACAAAUACACGUCUGGCUAACUGCAUUGCGUAGUGUUGUAAGUUUGUAGGGAAAAGUGUUUAUCAUGUAAUAUACUGUAUAAUGUAAUUUGUGUUCUGUGAUAAAGCCAUAGUCAAAAAUAAAGCAUUUGGAGUGCUUGUUUGGACUUAAACUCAGAAACGUGCUCGUCCUGCUCUCAUAUAUAAACCAAAAGCACUGAUAUUGAUAUAAUUGUAAGAAUAUAUAUUUUUGUCAGAAAAAUAGUUUACAUGAUUGAGGUGUCUAGUCCUUACAAAGACUUAUUCUGCCUCCAAGCUUAAAAAGGAUGUUGACAUGUCAUGAACACCUCAUCUUGGAAAUGUGGUUGCACUCAAUGUUUAAUUUAAUGACAUUGAAUAAUGUUACUAUUUGAAUAGCAUAAAAGUUAUUGGUCUAAAAUGACAAACAUGUACAAUUUUACAUAUAUCAUCUGUUCCUUGUUAUUUUAGUCUGUCAAGUUGAUUAAUAUUUGCCCUUUUUUCCUYUUCUUAGUUUAGAAGGAACUAUGGACUAAUAUUCAAUUAUCUUACAUCUUAAGGUGUAACUUUAACUUACUAAUGUGUUUGAUUUUACAGUGUGACAGUAACAAUGCAAUGUCUGGUUGAAUAUUUCACUUAGUUAUCUAUUGUCAGUAUUAGGACUCGACACAUCAAUCCGUGUGACUUGUUUUGCUGUUAUGCCUAGGAUUUCUGUACUUCAAUAAAUUAUUUGUCUAAUAAAA